AUGGCUCAAGGUACGUCGAUAAAACCACCAUCACGGGAUAUUGUGACCGCCAACGUCGCUGCCGCACUCGCCGAAGAUCUUGGCGCAGAGGAUGUUUCUGCAGCGCUGAUUCCGGCAUCUACAUCCGCCCACGCGCGCGUCAUCACUCGCGAAGAUGGCGUGUUCUGCGGCGCACCCUGGGUUGUUGAAACUGGACGCCAGGUAGACCCGGACAUCACCAUCACCUGGCAUGUCGAGGAUGCAGACUCGGUGUCUGCAAACCAGACUCUGUUUGAGUUGAGGGGACCUGCGCGCAGUUUGUUGAGCGCCGAACGCACGAUGUUGAACUUCGUGCAGCUCCUGUCAGGCACGUCGACUAAAACCGCAAAGUACGUACGCCUCAUCAACCAGACAGAUACGGUAUUGUUGGACACGCGCAAAACCAUUCCGGGACUGCGUGUGGCGCAAAAAUAUGCGGUGACCUGUGGUGGCGGCAGCAACCAUCGCAUGGGGUUAUUUGACGCUUAUCUGUUAAAAGAAAAUCAUAUUGCAGCCGCAGGCAGUAUCACCGCGGCAGUAUCAGCAGCCCGCGCACAACAUCCGGAACUGGCGCUUGAGGUGGAAACCGAAAAUCUCGACGAACUGGAACAGGCCAUCACUGCCGGUGCUGAUAUCGCUAUGAUCGACAAUUUUUCGCUGGCGGAUACCAACACUGCAGUUGCCAUGGCAAAAGGCAAAAUCAAACUGGAAGCCUCUGGUGGUAUUGAUGAGAAAACCAUCACAGACAUCGCCGCCACGGGCGCAAACACAACCACCAUGAGCAGAUAUUCAGCAUUUGCCAUUCACCUGGGGAUCAGUUUCCUGAUCUUUGUUGUACUCACCUAUCUGGUGGUUUUCGAGUGGUACCCGGGUAUCUUUUUCGAUUCCGACGGCGGCUGGCGCGGCAUGCGUAUCAUCAUCGCUGUGGACCUUGUGCUGGGGCCAAUGCUGACCCUGAUCGUGUUCAAAGCAGGCAAACCAGGUUUAAAGUUUGAUAUGACCACAAUUGCAUUGUUGCAAUUUGUCUGCCUGACUGCGGGUACUUACGUUGUCUACAGCGAACGGCCGCUUGCAGUGGUUUUCAGCGACGGUCGUUUUUCUGUGAUGAAUAAAAAAGACUACAUCGACGCAGGCCAUGAGCGCCCCCCGAAUCUUAAGAAUUUUCCUGGCGACAGUCCGAAAUGGGUCAUGGUGAAUUUACCGGAUUCUGCCGAGGAAGAAGCCGCCCUCCGUCGGGACAUGUUCAAGUCGGGCGGCCUGGUCAGUACAGUGAGCGACCUGUACGUACCCUUCGAAACAACCGGUGAUGACUUCUUUGCCGAAGCAGAAGAAAUUGAAGUGGUUUUGGCCGGUAGAGGUUGGGAAGCGCGCGUGAAUACUUGGCUAUCAGGCCAGGACCGCGAGCUAGAAGACUAUGCGUUCUUCACUUUCUCAACGAGAUUUGUCAUCGGUUACCUGAUCUACGAUCGAACCACCCGGGAACAUGUUGGCAUUAUCACAAAUGAGUCUUAG